GAUUGGGAUCACACUCGCUCCGGUGGCUGGCCAGGUUCUCACGACUCUGUUUCGGAUGCGGAUCUUUUUUCCUUUCUUCCACUGUAUCCAGAUUAGAGCUUUUUCCAAAGGACGAAGCCAGCCCAGCCUGGCAGUAGCAUCCUCCCCAUUAUAAUAUUUUUUCCCCCCUUUUUUAAAACCCCCGGGCUCUCUUCCUUCGCACCACAUCCUUCUGUAAUGCAUUCCCGGAUGGGAGAAAAUCGGCUAGGGGCUUGGGACAGCUCCCUAGCCCACCUUUCAAGGCGCUAGGCAGCAUUGAGGACAGAAGAGCGGGCUGACCCUUCGGUUUUUCCAUUAUUCCUAUUAUUGUUUCAAGAGAAAGGGAAAUAGCUUUAUCCUCCCGUGGACUUCUGCACCCAAAACCCUUGGUUUCUCCCCCAUCACCCACCACCCCUCCAUUCGCUCCUGCCUCGAUCGGGUCUUUAGCGCAAGCCUCCCUUUUGGGCUAAAAAAAACAAACAAAAAAAAAGAUUUUUCGGGUUUUUUUUUUCUUUCUUCUUUCUUUUCGGAAAACAGACACCCCCCCCCCCCGUCACCCCGCCUUACCAGAUCGACUUUGGCCCCCCACCGAUUUCACCUUCCUGAAGGUUGAAGCCGGCGGCCGGAUCGCGCGUGGCGCGGCCAGGAGGAUCUUCCGGACUGCAAUGAUUUGAAGAUCUUGAGACGGAAAUUUCCAAGGGUUUUGUCAUCCAGCCUUUAAACCCACUGAAUCUUUGAGUUGGUUCACCUAAAAGAUGACCUCCUGUUGGAAGAGAUGGGCCUUCGCCAUGGUGCUGUUUCCCAUGGCUGCAUCCAUGCAUUCUGAUUGUUUCAUCAAAAAGGAACAAGAAGCGUGUUUAGAAAACAUCCAGAAACUGACCAGCAGUUCGACCUUCAAUGAAUCAUCCCCAGGUUGCGCAGGGAUGUGGGAUAACAUCACUUGCUGGAAACCUGCUUUGGUGGGCGAAGUCGUGUUUGUCAAAUGCCCAGCUCUCUUCACCGUGGUGAACGUAGAUUAUGGCUGGGAUAUGAACGGCAUGGCGUAUGCGCAACCAGGAGAGCUUGAAAUGUUUGAGAAUCCAGAGCAACUUCUAGCAGAUGGAUCCAUGGAUUUUAAACUGGUCAGCAGGAACUGCACCCAGGAAGGCUGGUCUGAACCGUUCCCACAUUAUUACGAUGCCUGCGGAUUUGACGACAAUGACACAUGGAAUGGCCAGGCUUACUACUACCUGUCUGUCAAGGCUUUGUAUACAGUUGGCUACAGCACAUCCCUCGUUUCGCUCACCACCGCCAUGGUGAUCUUGUGCCGUUUCAGGAAACUGCAUUGCACCCGGAAUUUCAUUCACAUGAAUCUUUUUGUUUCAUUCAUUCUGCGUGCCAUAUCCGUCUUCAUUAAAGACGGGGUCCUGUAUGCCGAGCAAGACAGCAACCAUUGUUUUAUUUCGACGGUGGAAUGCAAAGCAGUGAUGGUCUUCUUCCACUACUGUGUGAUGUCCAACUAUUUCUGGCUUUUUAUUGAGGGGCUGUACCUCUUUACGUUACUUGUGGAAACCUUCUUUCCAGAGAGGAGAUACUUCUACUGGUACACUAUCAUUGGUUGGGGAACUCCAACCAUUUGUGUCACAGUCUGGGCAGUCCUUCGGCUUCACUUCGAUGACAUUGGCUGUUGGGACAUGAAUGACAACACUGCUUUAUGGUGGGUAAUCAAAGGUCCAGUUGUGGCGUCCAUAAUGAUCAAUUUUUUGCUUUUCGUGGGCAUCAUCAUUAUCUUGGUUCAGAAACUCCAGUCUCCAGAUAUUGGGGGCAACGAAUCCAGCAUCUACUUCAGCUGCGUUCAGAAAUGCUACUGUAAGUCCGAGAGGACUAACCAGCAUUCUUGCAGGAUGGCUGAACUAUCCAUCAUCACCCUGCGGUUGGCCCGAUCCACCUUGUUACUCAUCCCACUCUUUGGGAUUCACUACACAGUGUUUGCCUUUUAUCCAGAGAACGUUAGCAAAAGGGAACGCUUGGUUUUUGAACUGGGGCUCGGUUCCUUCCAGGGUUUCGUGGUCGCUGUGCUCUACUGCUUUUUGAAUGGGGAGGUGCAAUCCGAAAUCAAGAGAAAAUGGCGGAGCUGGAAAGUCAACCGUUAUUUUGCUGUGGAUUUCAAACACCGCCAUCCCUCCCUGGCAAGCAGCGGUGUCAACGGGGGGACUCAACUGUCCAUCUUGAGCAAGAGCAGCUCGCAGAUUCGGAUGUCCAGCGUCAACGCCGAGAACUUGGCCACAUGAGCCCAGAACACCAAGAACCCCCCAGAAAGAGAAAGCCAGAUAAGCUGGGAUUAACACCAGACAAACGAUCAAGCAGAAAACAAUACCUUAAUCAAGGAAUUACUAAGGCGAAAAAUCGCAUCUCCACUAACAUUGAGAGGGCAAGCCACUUUUGUAAAUAAACAAAGAGCAAACCGCCUUCCCUUCUAGCCCUGACGAUGUUACCUAGUUGGGUAAUGAAACGUUUGAAAGAAAACCACCAAACUCAAAGAUCAUCAAGGGCCCCGCAGUCCUGAAAUUAAAAUAGUUGGGUGGGACAGCAAGAAACCGAGGACUGAAACCGAAGAUUGAAACAAAGUCCUUUCCAAUUUUGUGGUACAAAUCCUCAAUUAAAAUGCCUAAAAUUGUAGCAAGAAAUACAGACAUCAUACUUUUAAAACACUUGUUACAAAUUAAACAGAUAAAUAUAGGCAGUCCUCAACUUACAACCAUUCACUUAGUGACUGUUGAAAGUCACAACAGCACUGAAAAAAAGGGACUUAUGACCAUUUUUAACACUUCUGACCAUUGCGGUCCCAUGCGGUUCCCCCCCCCCCCGUGGUCAUGUGAUCAAAAUUCGCUUGGCAACUGACUCAUACUUAUGACAGUUGCCCGGGGUCACAUGAUCCCCUUUUGCGACCUUCUAACAAGUCAAGUCAAUGGAGAAGUUAGAUUCAGUUAAGUACCGUGUGACUAACUUAACAAUUGCAGUGGUUCACUUAACAACCGUGGCAAAGAAAGGUCGUAAAACAGGGCAAAAUCCCCCCUGUCAGCCGUCUUGCUUAGCAAUGGAAAUGUUGGACUCAAUUGUGAUCGUAAGUCAAGAACUACCUUUGCUGGAAAAUUAAAAAGUGAAUGGAUGGAAGAAUUCACAUAUUGCAUUUCUUUCUCCUAAAAGUUCAAUCUCUCUUCCUGAAAUCUCUUAAAAGAGAAAUCUUAAAUUAAAGCAAAUUUAAAUCUGUAUCUCUUGCUAGAGAGUAAAUCAUAUGGACUCACAAGUAAAUUCCAUUAGCUUCCCAAGGUCUUACUACAUAGUAGACGUUUUAAAUUUGUUAUUUAUAUUUUGUAUAUUUUCUGUUUUAAUAUGGCUGUAAACUGCCCUGAGUCCUUUGGGAGAAGGUUGGUAUAGAAAUUAAAUUAUAAAUAAAAAUAAAAAUAAAUAGUAGACAAUUGUCACAGGAUUACACACAGAUAUACCUUGUCUUACGACUACCAUUGAGGCAAAAAUUUAUGAGAAAACCACCAAGGUUCCUUCCAACUCUGAUAUACUGUCAUUCAAAUACCCAGCAGGGCUGGACCAUCAAGCAAAGCGAACCCAAGUUCGUAAUUUUAUACAAUUUUAUGGACUCAAGUUAAGCAAGACAUUUGUUAAGUGACUUUUGCCCCAUUCUAUGACCUUCUUUGCUAUAGUUGUUAAAUGAAUCACCGCAGUUGUUAAGUUAGUGACAUGGUUGUUAAGUGAAUCUGGCUUCCCCCAUUGACUUUGCUUGUCAGAAGGUCGCAAAAGGGGAUCAGAUGCCCCCGGGACACUGCAACCGUCAUAAAUAUGAGUCGGUUGCCAAGCAUCCAAAUUUUGAUCACGUAAUACCCAUGGCAUGCUGCAAUGGUCGUAAGUGUGAACAUUGGUCAUAACUCGCUUUUUUCAGUGCCGUUAUAAUUUCGAACGGUCACUAAAUCAACUCGUUGCAGAUCGAGCACUACUUGUAAUUAAUAAACCAGUGCCAAAUUGCUUUAGAGUAAGCCCAUUGGGCGGAGUGGAUUUACUUUGGAGUAACUGACUUAAGAUCCUCUGGACUGGUAUUUUUGAAUCCCAGUUUCACAACGUUUUGUGGUUGUGGGAGAAGUUCCCAGUUGCUCUUCUGCACAGAAACAUUUUGUUAUGUUUGUUUUCUCUUGAUUGUCCAACAAAAUGAAUGUAUUUGCUGAAUGAAUGAGUCAAGCAUCUCUUUUUUUCAUUUGUCAGGCGGUAGAAACUUAAUGGCCAAGAUUUGCUUCUAAAACUGAUGUAAAUAUCUCUUUUGCGUUGAAACUGUGCUCUGUUUCUUCUUCUUUUUUCACUGUGAACUAUCUUUUGGAGUUUGAGGAUCUAUGUUAUUAAAAAAGAAAAAAAAAAAGCAAGUGUAAUUAUAACAAAGAUAUUGAGAAUAAAAUAUUUGUUGUGACACA